AUGGCCGGGCCUUUUCGAGUACCUCGACUAUUCACCUUGCUUGUUUGUUUCCAGAUCUUGCUACAGCUGGUUCCUGCGGCUAGUGUUGCGUUAUCACAGUUUCCGGAUACCGAUGUAGUCAUCAUAUCGAACAAUGAUCUUGAUCCGUCAAAUCCAAACCGAGCAAGUGCGCUAUAUCUCACGCACAGAUUCAGCUGCGCAGAGGCGGCCAUAGCAUGCGCGCAGCUCCAGGAGACACUUCUUCCUCCACCUCAAAGCACUGGACUUACAGUGACCAACCCGUCGGCAGCUCUGACAUCCGAGAGACAUGGCGCUGCAAUUUCUGCGUCUCAGCAAAUUUGGAUCGCUGGUACCGACGCUGCCUAUUGCUCCGUCUUUACGCCCAGCUACCAAUACACGGACCAUUAUUCUUCAUCGACAGCUGAUUCGGUCAACUUCGACGAUCGCCUCCCAGUGCUCUGCACCAAUUCUGCUCCGCUCACCAGGUCGAAUGUCACAUCUGACAUAUCGCGCCAGAUCGACUUACCUACGUCGUCCGCUGGCAUCCUGACGGGCUUUCGCGACAAGUUUACUUGGCGUUUCCUCGGGAUCAAGUACGCCAAUCCGCCAAUUGGCGCGGCGAGAUUUCAGCCGCCGGUUCCUCUCAUAGUGGAACGCGAUACCGCGAGAUCUGCCUUAGCAUAUGGGCCAGCAUGUGCACAGCCGCCUGACCCCGACAAUGGGCAUGAGUGGUAUGACGUAGAGGACUGUUUACAGUUAAAUGUGUAUUCGCCUGUCGUUAUCAGUGGGUCGGCUGGCGACGGAAGCGCGCCAAAGCUUCCUGUUAUGUUCUUCAUUCACGGUGGAGCUCUGAAUACCGGGGACAGUGGGCCAAUCCCAUUUAAUAUGACCACCAGUGGUUAUGUCGGGCCCUCGAUAUCCAACAUUUUUGACGGAACAAACAUGGUCUCAUACAAUGGCGUAGUCCUUGUGACAAUCAACUAUCGAUUGAACGCAUUCGGAUGGUUCAACGCUUCAAAUGCAGCAUUGAAAGAUGCGCUGCUGGCAUUACAUUGGGUGCAGGAUAACAUUGAGGCAUUUGGCGGAGAUCCAACCAAAGUUCUCAUUUUCGGGGAAUCCGCAGGUGGAACAAUGACGAGAUAUUUACUUGGAACGAAUCCAGAGUACACUGAUGGCUUGUUCAAUGCCGCAGUGCUCGAAUCCGACUUCUCCAUCAGCAAUCCGUUCUAUUCCCCAGAGCUUGCUCUGGAUACGUCACUUACUCUCGCAAAAGGUCUUGGGUGUGCCUCCAAUUCAUCUACCGUCUUCAACGAGACUAUGGCUAUUUGCGUUAGAGACUUACCCACCGAAGAAAUUGUGGCCGCAUCAUAUGAUCUUGGCAUCUCUUGGGACAUUGUGGUUGAUGGCAACUAUGUAUUAGCCGAUAUUGCGACAAGCAUUCGGGAUGGCGAUUAUGCGCGUGUGCCGACGAUAUGGUCAACAAACGAAUGCGAGUACUGCUUCUUCCUGCCGGCCUCGAUUCCAGCAAAUGCUUCGCCGUCUGCAUUUCCAAACAACUUGAUGGACUUCUUCAACGAGACUCAGGCGCAGGCCAUCAUGGACGUAUCCGGGGGAGCAGAUACUCUGUAUCCCUACGAGGUUGCGCCUUCGGAGGACGGCAUUUCCGGCGCGGUUCUACAGCUGGCACAGCUCAUGACAGACUGGUACUUGCAUUGUCCCAUGCUGUACCUCUCGUCCCUCGCGACUAACACGAGCAAUCCUGGAAACAACUACAAAGUCAUGUUCGCCGUAGGACUGGGCUCGACGAUCACCGCGAACCCGAGGACGUGCGUGGGACAGGUAUGCCAUGCUGACGAGCUGUACUGGGUCUUUGCAACGGCGGAGACGGAUAAUCUGUACCAGCCGCUGACCGCUAGCGAGGUGGCAACGACGCAAGAGGUCAAUAAGCGGUGGACGUCCCUCGCGUGGACAGGGAACCCGAAUUACGAGGGCGCGGUUGUAGAGUGGCCGCCGUAUACGGGCGACAACGAGGUUAUCAUCAAUGCGACUGCCACAGAGACUAUUCAGUCGUACCGAGUCGCUCAAUGCGAUUUCAUUGAGAGCAGGCUCGGACUAGUGUUUGGGGAUCAAUAA